AUGACCCAGCAGGGAGCAGCGCUGCAGAACUACAACAACGAGCUGGUCAAGUGCAUCGAGGAGCUGUGUCAGAAGCGGGAGGAGCUAUGCCGCCAGAUCCAGCAGGAAGAGGAGGAGAAGCAGCGGCUGCAGAACGAGGUGAGGCAGCUGACGGAGAAGCUGGCCCGCGUCAACGAGAACCUGGCCCGUAAGAUUGCCUCUCGGAACGAGUUCGACCGCACCAUCGCGGAGACGGAGGCCGCCUAUCUCAAGAUCCUGGAGAGCUCCCAGACUUUGCUUAGUGUGCUGAAGAGGGAAGCUGGGAACCUGACCAAGGCCACAGCCUCCGAGCAGAAGGCCCCCGGGGGCAAGGAAAGCUGA